ACAACCUCAUGAACACGAUCCUUAACGUUCAAGGUAAAACAAAGGAUAAUUUGAAGUCAAGACUGGAUUUAGUUGAUAUAUGUGAUCGUUCAGAACUUCAUGUUGAUGGGAAUGGUAGGGCUCCUUUUCCCAUAUACCGACUUGAUGCAGAGGGAAAAAUGCGUUCUUCGAUUGGAUUUCAAACGAUGUGGAGUUUCCAGACGGUUAUGCAUCUAAUUUGCGUAACUGUAUCGACAGAAAGGAAGGAAAGUUUAUUGGUUUAAAAAGUCACGAUUGUCAUGUGUUGAUGCAGCGCUUACUUCCGUUUGCUUUCAAGGAACUAUUACCACGAAAUGUUCAUGAAGCAAUAGCAGGGAUAAGUGCUUUCUUCCGCGAUUUAUGCGCCAGAUCAGUGACUCUUGAAGGUAUUGAAAAUCUGAAGACUAACAUAGCCAUGAUUCAGUGCAACCUUGAGAAGAUAUUUCCUCCCUCAUUUUUUGAUGUUAUGGAGCAUCUUGUUAUUCACCUGGCAAGAGAAUUGGAACUUGGUGGUCCUGUGCAGUAUAGAUGGAUGUAUCUGUAUGAGCGGUAUAUGUUCCAUUUGAAGAAGAUGGUGGAAAAUUUAAGUAGGGUGGAAGGUUCUAUAGUCGCACAGAUGAUCAAUGAAGAAAUUUCAAACUUUGCUGAGUACUACUUUCCAGCAGAAGUUCAGACCAAAAACAGAAGACCUGCACGGCACGAUGAUAGAGGCGAACGGGCAACAUACCAUGUUACGGUUCCUGACAUUUUCACAGAUGUUGGACGACUUAGCGGAAAAUCAAAGGACCGUCGACUUACUGAGCAGGAGCGCAGUCAUUUGCAAACAUAUUUGCUCACCAACUGCGAAGAUGUUCUUCAAUAUGAGAGGAUUUUCAUGGCAGAAAAGCGGUUCGAAUAUAGAUACGCUACAGAGGCAGAACUAGAAGAAAUGAAGCAAAGAGAAUUUGCUGGAUGGAUGUUUACUUAUGUGUCUGCUGGUUUGGCCAGAGGUGAAACAUUUGACGAUUGGAUACGCGAGAUGGUGGUUGGACCAAACUAUGUUGUGAAGUCAUAUCCGAGAUUUUGUACUCGAGGAUAUGCAUUCACAACUGAAAAGACGAAACGUUCGCGUACGAUCCAUGGGUUACUGUUACCAGACUCAACCCGAGAGGCCGAGUUCAGGGGAGUUCUGAGCUGGAAGACCCACUACAACCAAUCACAUCCAGUAACUUAAGUGCAGCAGAAGAUGUAGCAGGAGUUGGCCUUGUAGUAGAUUUCACCGACUUCACAGAGGAAGCCGUCGUUCACGCACAGGAUGAACCAGUUAUU